AUGAAGUUCAUUCUUACUACCAUGGCCUUUGUCGCCGCCGGUGAGCACAUCCAUACCUUCCACUCCCACUCGAGCUCUACUGACGUACACCCAGCUGCCAUGGGCACCAUUGCCACCCCUCAGGAGGCUGUCACCAUCACCGUCACCGUCACCGACUGCGGCACCUCGGGUCCUGAGGGCACCGGCGUCUUCAGCACCUCCAUCAGAACCAUCACCGGCUCUGCCACCGAGAGCAUCCUUCCUACUCCCGUCGGCCCCGUCAGCGAGAGUGUCUUCAGCUCCAUCAGCGAGAGUGCCACUUCUCCUCUGAUCGUCUCUCCCACCGGCACUAUCUCCGUCAUCAUCUCUUCGUCUGAGACAUCUAUGGUCGUCAUCCAGAGUGUCACCUCCAGCUUCAUCAUCCCUAACAGCGGCACUUCCGUCGAGACCAGCCUUCUCACUACUGCCGUCACCUCAUCUGAUCUGGUCUCUCCCGACACUGCUUCAUCUGACUUCAGCACUUCGUGGAAGACGGCCUCUGCCUCUGAGACCGGCCGUACUUCUGCCUCUAUGAGCAGCCGUACUUCUGCCACUGCCAGUUCCACCACAGUCCCUUCCAACGACGCCACAAUCACCAGCAUGGUUGGCAUGACUUGCAUCGUGGCAGUCCUUGCUGCUUCGCUUUUCAACUUGGCUUGA